AUGGCUGUCGACACUGUUGCUGCUCUCUCUAAAGAGAUCGAAAAAGAGUUACAAUAAGUGAUGCAAACAUAGAGUUUGAAAUAAUAAUAGAAUUCUUAAUCUAUAAUGAUGCCACAGGCUCAAACAAUGAUGCAACAUCCGGGGUCUACUGCUCUAUAAGCCAGUUCUAUAGCUAAUAUGAAUUCCAAUAAUACUGCCACUAAUAAUUAUAAUGGAAAUGGCAUUAGCAAUGGCUAAAACUCUAAUAUAGUUCAUGGUAACCGUGCUAUUGAUUAAUAGUUAAUGCCUCCUCCCUAGCCCAGGAUUAGAGUAGCCGCAUUUGGUUAAGAGCAGAGCCCCUUUCGUACUUCAUAAAUUCCACAUUUUGAACCUAAAAUUGAACCUCAUAAUUAAAACUUUUAUAAUGCAAAUAAUGCUCAUCACCAUCUAAACUCGACAAAUUCACUGUAGUAAAUGCAGACUUAAUCUAGUCCCGCUCUAUCCUAAGUAAAUAGCAACUUAGUAAAAUAGGAGCCUACACAAUAUCCCUCUAUUUCCUAGUCAACUACCAAGCACACCAGUUAUUAUUCUGUUUCUUAAAAUGCACAUAAUGCCAAUACCCAGAAUACGAAGACUAUGAAUUCAUCAUAGAUGUCAACUCAGAGUUAAACUCAAGUUAGUUAAGGGGAUCUUGCAAAUUUCACUUAAAAUCCCUUGAAUCAAAAUAGUUUUAUAAGACCAAGGCACAUUGUACUUGGAUAAUCACCACUUUCAAAUCCACAUCAAAGGCAACAAAUAUAAGUAUAAGUACCCAAUUAGUAAUAAGGUGCAGCAAAGCCAGCUACUCAAAUAAAUUUAUCAGCUUAGUAAAAGGACCCAACCUUACAAAAUAUUGUUGCUACUUGCAAUUUUGGUUGCAAACUCGAUUUAAGAAAAAUAGCAAUUAAUGCACGUAACUGUGAGUACAAUCCAAAAAGAUUUGCAGCUGCAAUUAUGCGUAUAAGGGAGCCAAAGACAACAGCACUGAUCUUUUAAUCAGGUAAAAUGGUAUGCACUGGUGCUAAGUCUGAGGAAAUCAGUAAAAAUGCUUGCAAAAUGUAUGCCAAAGCAGUCAAGAAAAUAGGCUUUGAUGUAAAAUUGCAUGAAUUCAAGAUCUAAAACGUGGUAGCUUCUCAUGAUUGUGGUUUCCCAAUUAGUCUUGAAAGUAUUAGUCACGAACAUGAUAAGUUCAGUACUUAUGAGCCUGAACUUUUUCCUGGCCUCAUAUACAGAAUGCAAUCUCCCAAACUAGUAAUGCUUAUUUUCGCAAGUGGUAAAAUAGUAUUUACUGGAGCUAAAACUAGAGAACAGAUCAAAGAAGCUUACUAAAAUAUUGAUCCUGUUCUCAGAAAGUUCAAGAAAAAAGGAGUUGGCUUUGAAAAGUUCUCUAAAUAAAAAAGCUGA